AUGUUGAUAACUGUCUGGCGGAAGAGCAAGAAGAAAACAAACGCUCGAGCUGUCUGGAAAUAAACAACAAACAGAUACAAAACAACAAUAAACAGUCGACAUAAAGAGGCUGUCACUCACAGGUGUGUUUGCUGGAGCCAUGGGCCGCAUCUUUCUCGAUCACAUUGGUGGGACGCGUCUCUUCUCCUGUGCUAACUGUGACACCAUCCUGACAAACCGAUCUGAGCUCAUCUCCACACGCUUCACCGGUGCCACGGGCAGGGCAUUCCUCUUCAACAAGGUGGUGAAUCUGCAGUACAGUGAAGUGCAGGAUCGGGUGAUGUUGACCGGCAGACACAUGGUUCGUGAUGUCAGCUGUAAAAACUGCAACAGUAAAUUGGGCUGGAUCUAUGAGUUUGCCACCGAGGACAGUCAGCGCUAUAAAGAAGGCCGUGUGAUUCUGGAGAGGGCGCUGGUGAGGGAGAGCGAGGGCUUCGAGGAGCACGUGCCCUCCGACGCCUCCUGAGAAGCUCAUCUUCUCUCUUUUCUGUUGGCUCACAGGUAGUGAGGCUUUGUGCGGAUGAUUCAUCUGUGUAUUUCUCCUCCAGAACACAACACAAGCUCUGUAGAUUAUCUCUGACGUUGAUUCAAGCAAUUCUGUAUUUAAAAAGAAAUACGCACACCAGUGUCUGAGCACCACACGAUCUCAGUGAAUUGGUCACAACAACACCUAACACUUAAAUGUCAAGACGCUGGCUUACAAGGCCGCUAGAAGCUUCAGUUCUGAAUUUCCUUAUGAAGUUGGUUAUUAAUCCCAACCCUCCAUCGUAGCGUUUAUGAUGUGCUCUGGAUCAUUCUGCCAUGAAUGUGCUGAAUGAGCUGAUAAACCAGAUUUUUUUCCAUUCUAACUUAAGAGCCAACUUUAGUAGCACGUCAGGUUGUGGCUUCUCAUGUUUCUCUGAGUCGACAAAGACAAUGACAAUGAGCGGUUUGGAAUUUCAGUCUAAAAGGAUGCGAGAAGUCCUUUCUGGUGUGAACAUGACCAGAUUACCAGCAGAAUUCAGACGAGAUUAAUCUGUCUCUGUUAAAUUGAUAAAUCUGUCUCUGUUUUAUUACUACAGAAACAUCAUAUUCAGAACACUGUUGUUACACCUCUUGCAACAUUUGACGGGACUGUUGCUGUUAUCUGUAAGUGUGUGUGUGGUGACACACCGUGGUUUGUUUGUUUGUUUGUAUAUUUCUGACUUUUAGACUCAUGCUUUUGGCUUCAAAUUUCUGCAGAUUUGUGGCUUCACUAUAAAACUCUUUCGUGCUGUAAUUUCUGUUGAAUUGUUUUACAAGUAUUGUUAUUGUUUGGUCAAGAAGAAUGUUUUAUGCUCCUAUCAAUUCCUUUUCUCAUUAAAGAAUCUUGUAUUGCAUUGUGACUGUGGCAUUU